AUGUCGGAAGAGAAAGUGAUUUUGGUCACCGGUGGAACUGGUUUGGUUGGUAAAGGUAUCGCUGAGUAUAUCAGACAACAAGGCGAAGCACGUACCAAUGAAAAGUGGAUCUUUUUAAAAUCUUCUGAUGGUGACUUAAGAUCUAAAGAGGCAACUAGUGCUAUCUUCCAAAAGUACAAACCUACACAUGUCAUUCACUUGGCAGCCAAGGUUGGUGGACUCUUCUCCAAUAUGAAGUACAAGGUAGAGUUCUUCCGUGAUAACAUUGCCAUCAAUGACAAUGUGUUGGCUUGUUGCAAUGAGUUUGGUGUCAAGAAGUGUGUGUCUUGCUUGUCGACCUGUAUCUUCCCCGACAAGACUACCUACCCAAUCGACGAGACCAUGGUUCACAACGGUCCACCACAUCACUCGAAUGAAGGAUAUGCCUACGCCAAGCGUAUGAUCGACGUACUCUCACGUGCGUACAACCUCCAAUAUGGUCAAUGUAAAUUCACAACCGUCAUUCCCACCAACAUCUACGGUCCACACGACAACUACCACUUGGCAGACAGUCAUGUCAUUCCAGGUUUAAUUCACAAAACCUACAAUGCUAUGCGUAAGCAUCAUAACAAUAAGAAUAAUACAGAUUUAACAAUUAUGGGUACUGGUAAACCAUUAAGACAAUUCAUCUUCUCAGAGGACCUAGGUAGAUUGUUUGUUUGGGUGAUGGAUAACUACGAAGAGACUGAACCAAUCAUUCUCUCAGUUGAUGAAGAAGCUGAAGUUUCUAUUGCUGAUGUUGUAACAAUGAUUACAGAGGCAAUGGAGUUCAAAGGAAAAGUUAUUUAUGAUACAACCAAAGCAGAUGGUCAAUAUAAAAAGACUGCAAGCAACAAGAAAUUGAAAUCACUCUAUCCAGGACUAACAUUUAAGCCAAUGAAGGAAGCAAUCAAGAUCAGUACUCAAUGGUUCAUCGAUAACUAUGAGACUGCUCCUAUGGAUAACUCUUAUAUUACCAAGGAUGGUAGGGUAGCACAGAAGACAAAUUGGAGGCUAUCGAUCAUUUCCGACUAUUUUUGGUAUUUUUUAAAUCAAAUCGUAUUUUUUUUUGAAACACUCUUUUCGGACCCUGCAACUGAAAAAUAUAAAAAGAAGCAUGGCGAUAGAGAUAGAAACUAUUUAGGUUGGAAUAAUGGAAAUGGUGGUGGAGGAAACGGAGGAGGUGGUGGAGGUGGCCCUAGAAUAAGAACACUUAAUCAAGUCGGAAAGAGUGAUGAUAUUUAA